AUGGUUUCUGGUACUGACGAUGACCGCCACACGACGGACGAAAGCUCCGUACGGAGUCAUCGGGGUCGUAAGAUGGUGAGCCGAAGUCUUCUUCACCCGAUUCAACAUACAAAAGUCCAAGACAAUCCUCUUGCAAUAUCCGAUCUUCUCGAACUCGAUCCGGAUUUGCCGCGAACAAAAAGCCAAGUCGCCACUAUCGAUUCGAACCCCUAUCGCCUUAUGCCCAUGUUCAUGGAGAGCCAUAGCGACAGCGCAGAAAUUGGGCAGGCCAGAUCUGCAUAA